CGGAACUUUGCUCGAUUGCCUUUCCCCCGUUCUCUCUCUCUCUCUCUUACCUCACGCGCUCCACGCACGCACACACUUCUCCCCACCCUGUCCCUCUCGCUCUCGGCACUCCAAAACCCUAGUCACCCUACGCCGCCAAAACCUUAUACCACCCUCCCUACGGCGGCGGCGUCGGCGGCGGCCCCAUGGCUGCACCAACCACCAGCUAAGCCUAUGCUAUGCUGAGGAGCUGACCUGACUUCCCCCAUCUCAUCCGAAUCCGUCUCGUUUGUCUCUCGUGCUCUCCGCGGCGGCGGCGGCGCCGGAAGCUGCGUGUCAUCCUAGACUGCACUGGUCUUCUCUGAGUUUUUUUGUUUCGUGUUGGUGGGUGUUUCGGCGUCCGCGAUGGAGGAGCCGAAUGUGGGCGGAGGGGCCGUCGCGGCGCCGGAGGUGGUAGCGGAUCCGGGUGUUGGAGGGGCGCCUGGCACCGCCCCGUCGCCGUGGAGGAGGACCACGCCGCCGCCUGUGGCAGGCGAGGCGGCGGUCAUGGGCGCCGACUCGUGGCCUGCGCUUGAGGACGCGAGGCAAAAGGUCGCGGCAGAGCCCGCGGGAAAGCCUUGGACAGGAAAUGCUGUCGGAGGCGACCCGCCAAAGGGGUCUCAGGUCCAGCAGGCGCCUCCGCCUCCAUCGCAGGUAUCUAAUCGUAUGCACAAGUUUGAUGGCCAUGGAAAUCCCAAUAAGAGUCACCAAGCGUACCAUAAAAAUGGACCCAAGAGACGUCCUCCUGGUGCAAAUGAUCCACCGCCAUAUCCCGUCACUAUGCCAUAUCACCAACAUCCUGGGCAACCUAUUUUUUACCCUGUUCUCCCCAGUCCAAUGAUGCUACAUGAAUAUCCGUACCAGCCUUUUGCUGUUCCGGUCCCAAAUCAUGACCCACAUAUUGGAAAAUCUGGAUAUGAAAACACCGCACCUCCUUUUGUUCCAGUUGAUCAAGUUGGUGGUAAUGAAGUUAGCCGGCCAAUGCCUCCACAAACAAGAGGAGAUCCUCAUGCUUGGCGUCCUGCUGUUGGUACUCAUGGUCCUAGAUCUCAUUCUGGUGUUGAAGGCCGUGGCCAUUUUAACCACACAUGGCAAAAUCCUCAGACGUUUGGUUCGAGAGACAACACGGGUGUACCACACGGUGUUGGGCCACGAGCUUUUGUCAGACCAAUGGCACAUCUGCCCCCUACUCUCGGGUACAUCAAUGGACCAUCAUACCCCGGGCCUAUACCUCCUAUGUAUUAUUACAUGCCUGCUCCACCCAUGGAGUCGAUGAGAGGUCCACCACGUUUUGUCCAAAAUCAACCAGCUCCUCAACCCGUUUUAUCUCCCGAAGCUGCCGAGUUAAGAGCUAAAAUAUUAGCUCAAGUGGAGUACUAUUUUAGUGAUACUAAUCUGGAGCGAGAUGGUUUCUUGAAAUCUUUAAUGGAUGAGCAUGGCUGGGUUCCAAUUUCAAAAGUUGCAGACUUCAAUAGACUUAAAAGAAUCACAACAGAUGUUCAUCUGAUUGUAGAUGCAUUGGCAGGCUCAAGCCUUCUGGAUGUUCAGGAUGACAAGAUAAGAAGGCGCUCUGACUGGUCAAAAUGGGUUUCUUUUUCUGGGACAACAUCUGUUCCAAGUCCAUCAUCUACUACCAGUAUAGAUAAUAGCAUGGCUGAGAGCAAUACCAGUGGCUUCUCAAAUAAAGAUGCUCAUCCUGAAGAUCAAAAGAAGCACCCUCUUCCUCAAGAUAUUAAAUGCAACAUAGAUGGUGUUUCUACUGAGUCAGUAGUUGCUGAUGAGCAGCUAGCCAAUGAUGCCCAGAGCUGUUCAUUGAAUAAAUUUUUUUCUUCCAUCACUAUUGAUGAAAAACCUAAGAGCAUUUCCGCAUUCUCUGUGAAACCACGCACACAUGAAGCUGCUUUUAGAACUGGUGAUGCUAAAGUUCAGAAAGCAAACACAAAGCUCAAAGUACCUAAUUCUCAAAAUGAAAGAGGUUUCUGUACUGAUUUGCCAAGUGACUCCCCUAGCUUUAGUGGGGAUCAAAGCACGUUCAUGCUCGAUGAGGAAUUGGAAUUGGAGCAUGUGGAGCAUUCACUCUAUUCACACAAAAGGGUCGAUGAUGAGGAGGAUGAUUUUUUUGUUGAUGACCAAGAAGUGAAUAGACUAAUAAUUGUUACACAGGAUACUAGACCAGGAAAGGAUGACAGAAGUUGCUCGAGUAUAUCUCAAGCAUUUUCAACAGAGGAAGCAUCACGCAUAAAUGAGGCAUUAUAUUAUUAUGAGAGCAUGCAUGGUCGGCGCAUUAAUAAUCAAAGGAGUUCCCAGGCUGAUUCUGCGGAUGAUUCUAAACCAUCUGGUGGAGCAAAAGGGAACCAUGUUAGCAUCGGAGCUAAUGGUGUUGAAGAAACUGGACAACCUAUCCCACGUAGGCGGCAAAAUAGAAGCAACAGAAAGGCACACACUUCACAUAAGCAGAGGUUCUUCGCUGGUAAUUUUGUGAAUAGUCCCAAUAGCCAAUCUCACUAUGGUGGUGUAUCAGAGAGCCCCCCAAGCAAUUCAAUUGGAUAUUUCUAUGGGUCUACUCCUGACAAUCACAGCUACAAAAGUUCAAAGCUGAGCUCGUCUCCACAUGGAAUUCCUACUGGCUCAUCUCCACAUGGAAUUCCUACUGGGACCUCACCUAUCGGAUCUGUACCUAAAUCUUUCCCUCCAUUUCAGCAUCCAAGUCAUCAACUUUUAGAGAAAUUCCAGCAACAAAGGUACAAUAAGUUCAAAAAUCGUUGCCUUGCUGAUCGCAAGAAGUCAGCAAUUGGUUGCAGUGAGGAAAUGAAUUCACUCUAUCGUUUCUGGACAUACUAUCUGAGGGAUAACUUUAAUGAAGACAUGUACAAGCAUUUUAAGAACUUUGCGGUUGAGGAUGCAGCAGCAAAUUACCGAUAUGGACUUGAGUGUCUCUUCAGAUUUUAUAGUUAUGGCUUGGAAAAAAACUUCCAACAAAAUGUAUAUGAAGAUUUCGAGCAACUGACGCUCCAAUUCUACCACAAGGGUGAUCUUUAUGGACUUGAGAAAUACUGGGCAUUUCACCAUUUCCGUAAACAAGGUAGCAGCCCCAUAAGUAAGCAUCCAGAGUUGGAGAGGCUCCUUAGGGAGGAGUUCCGAACCAUGAAGGACUUUAAGGCACGGAGUGCAGCAGAGAAAGAAACCGGUGGCAGUAGCAGCAAGACUGCGGCGGGGGCAGCAAGCCAUAGCAAGGCUGAGGCCAAGUAGGUCCAAUCUGGGCAUGAAAUUUUGGUGGUGAUCCCACAGAGGAGAAAGUAGCAUCCUUUUUGUUUGGUUGAAACUUAGGGGUUUGAGUAGACUCGUACCUGUGCAGAUUUUGCUCUCCCUGCCGAUACUUGUGGCUGUCCAUGAAAUUUUCCUCUCUUUUUCGCCUAUGCUUCAUGGUACCAUUGUGGGAUUUGUACAUAAAGAUAGAAUAAUUAUUUCUAUUAAAUGGACAAAUUAUAGAGUUGAAAGACAUGA